UGGGCGGGACUGACCUGUGCUCUGGGAGAGUAGAGGUGCAUCAUGGGAGCUCCUGGGGUAUGGUGUGUGAUGCUGACUUUGACCAGCGGGACGCAGAGGUUGUGUGCAGGGAGCUGGGCUGUGGGGCUCCUAAAGAGCUGCGCGGGGCAGCUGCAUUCGGCCAGGGCCAGGGCCAGGUGUGGGCAGAGGAGAUGCAGUGUAGAGGCAACGAAUCUCAGAUUAACUUCUGCCCCACGGCACCCUCACAGAAUCAACUCUGCUCCCAUGGAAACGAUGUGGGCCUGGUGUGUUCUGGCAGGGUGGAUGUGAGGCUGGUGAAUGGUGGCAGCCCCUGUGCUGGGAGAGUGGAGGUUUACCAUCGGGGAGAGUGGGGGACAGUGUGUGAUGAGUUCUGGGGUAUGGGCGACGCUGGAGUGGUGUGCAGACAGCUGGGCUGUGGAGAUGCUGUAGAUGCACUAGGAGGUGCUCACUUUGGACAAGGGUCUGGGAGAAUAUGGAUGGAUGUUGUGUACUGCACUGGAUCAGAAUCCUCACUGAAGCAGUGUCCGUCAGGAGAAUGGGGUAAACAUCACUGUAAUCAUGAACAGGAUGCUGGAGUGAUCUGCUCAGAGGUCAGGCUGGUGGGCGGGGCUGACCUGUGCUCUGGGAGUGUAGAGGUGCAUCAUGGGAGCUCCUGGGGCAUGGUGUGUGAUGCUGACUUUGACCAGCAGGACGCAGAGGUUGUAUGCAGGGAGCUGGGCUGUGGGGCUCCUAAAGAGCUGCGCGGGGCAGCUGCAUUCGGCCAGGGCGAGGGCCAGGUGUGGGCAGAGGAGAUUCAGUGUAGAGGCAACGAAUCUCAGAUUAACUUCUGCCCCACAGCACCCUCACAGAAUCAACUCUGCUCCCAUGGAAACGAUGUGGGCCUGGUGUGUUCUGGCAGGGUGGAUGUGAGGCUGGUGAAUGGUGGCAGCCCCUGUGCUGGGAGAGUGGAGGUUUACCAUCGGGGAGAGUGGGGGACAGUGUGUGAUGAGUUAUGGGGUAUGGCUGAUGCUGGAGUGGUGUGUAGACAGUUGGGCUGUGGAGAUGCUGUAGAUGCACUAGGAGGUGCUCACUUUGGACAAGGGUCUGGGAGAAUAUGGAUAGAUGUUGUGUUCUGCACUGGAUCAGAAUCCUCACUGAAGCAGUGUCUGUCAGGAAGAUGGGGUAAACAUCGCUGUAAUCAUGGACAGGAUGCUGGAGUGAUCUGCUCAGAGGUCAGGCUGGUGGGCGGGGCUGACCUGUGCUCUGGGAGUGUAGAGGUGCAUCAUGGGAGCUCCUGGGGCACGGUGUGUGAUGCUGACUUUGACCAGCAGGACGCAGAGGUUGUGUGCAGGGAGCUGGGCUGUGGGGCUCCUGAAGAGCUGAGUGGGGCAGCUGCAUUUGGCCAGGGCGAAGGCCAGGUGUGGGCAGAGGAGAUUCAGUGCAGAGGCAACGAAUCUCAGAUUAACUUCUGCCCCACGGCACCCUCACAGAAUCAACCCUGCUCCCAUGGAAACGAUGUGGGCCUGGUGUGUUCUGGCAGGGUGGAUGUGAGGCUGGUGAAUGGUGGCAGCCCCUGUGCUGGGAGAGUGGAGGUUUAUCAUCGGGGAGAGUGGGGGACAGUGUGUGAUGAGUUCUGGGGUAUGGGCGACGCUGGAGUGGUGUGCAGACAGCUGGGCUGUGGAGAUGCUGUCGAUGCACUAGGAGGUGCUCACUUUGGACAAGGGUCUGGGAGAAUAUGGAUAGAUGUUGUGUACUGCACUGGAUCAGAAUCCUCAGUGAAGCAGUGUCCGUCAGGAGGAUGGGGUAAACAUCGCUGUAAUCAUGAACAGGAUGCUGGAGUGAUCUGCUCAGCCCAUCGAAAAAUCAGGCUGGUGGGCGGGACUGACCUGUGUUCUGGGAGAGUGGAGGUGCAUCAUGGGAGCUCCUGGGGCACGGUGUGUGAUGCUGACUUUGACCAGCAGGAUGCAGAGGUUGUGUGCAGGGAGCUGGGCUGUGGGGCUCCUAAAGAGCUGCGCGGGGCAGCUGCAUUCGGCCAGGGCGAGGGCCAGGUGUGGGCAGAGGAGAUGCAGUGCAGAGGCAACGAAUCUCAGAUUAACUCCUGCCCCACAGCACCCUCACAGAAUCAACUCUGCUCCCAUGGAAACGAUGUGGGCCUGGUGUGUUCUGGGUAUACAGAGUCCAGGCUGGCUGGUGGCCCUGACAUCUGCUCUGGUCGAGUGGAGCUGAAGUACCUGGAUACCUGGUGGACAGUGUGUGAUGCAUGCUGGGAUAGCAGGGCCUCCAAUGUCCUCUGCCGGCAGCUGGGGUGUGGGACUGCAGUGGCAGUGCCAGGACAGACCUGGUUUGGAAAUGGGAGCGGGCCAAUCAGCCACGAUGUGUUUGAUUGCCGUGGGAACGAGACAUGGCUCUCACAGUGUGCAGUUUCCUCUUGGAGCCGAGCUGCGUUCUCACGUGGACAAGAGGCUAGAGUCAUCUGUAAUGGCUCUGUUCUCUCCACUCUGGACGGGACGGUUCGGCUGGCUGGAGAGAGUGAGUGUGGGGGCCCAGUGGAGGUGUACUACCAGGAGACCUGGAGCAGAGUGGGGGGGUCCUGGAGCUCCAGGGAGGCGUUGGUGGCCUGCAGGCAGUUGGGCUGCGGCUCUGCGGUGCAGGUCUACAGCUCCCCUCCGCCUGGGACGGGGGCCAGUGACGUGUGCCUGACGGGGUUUGAGUGCUCCGGGAGAGAGUCUCACCUGGGGAACUGCAGCAGUCCACACAAUCUCACCUGCAGCUCCAGGGAACAGGUGUUCAUCGUCUGUUCCAACCGCCGGUCCCUCAGGCUGGUAGGGGGAGGGGGGCGCUGUGCGGGGCGGGUGGAGGUGCUCCACGACGGUUCUUGGGGGACGGUUUGCGAUGACUCCUGGGACCUGGAGGAUGCUCAGGUGGUGUGCAGGCAGCUCCAGUGCGGGACGGCCCUCAGUGCCCCGCUACCCUCCUUCUUUGGGCCAGGAAAUGGACGCGUCUGGCUGGAUGAGGUGGGCUGUGUGGGGAACGAGACGUCCCUGUGGGACUGUCCCACAGCCGGAUGGGGACAGACUGACUGCGGACACAAGGAGGACGUGGGGGUCGUGUGUUCAGAAUUCAAGGAGAUGAGACUGAGUGAAGGCUGUUCUGGGAAUUUGGAAGUUUUCUACAAUGGCACCUGGGGCAACGUGUGCUGGAAUGGAAUGGAGGACGACACAGCUACUCUCAUAUGUCAGGAGCUGAACUGUGGGAACACUAGUAAAGUGUCUAAAACAGGGCCGAGAGUGGAAUCUGCUCCAAACUGGCUGGAUCAUGUCAAAUGUCGCCCACACGACUCCACUCUGUGGCAGUGCCCAUCACGCCCUUGGGGUGAAAAUAAUUGCGAUAAAACAGUGGCUGUGCUCAACUGUACAGCGAAAGAGGAUGAAGACAUUCCACGGAGCAAAUUGUCAUGUUCCUCGGCAAAAAAUCUGCGAUCUUGCACAAAUCACUGGCCCCUCCGGGUGGUGGGGGGGGCAGGUGGGUGCUCUGGGAGGCUGGAGGUGUUCCACGGGGGCUCCUGGUGGAAGGUGUGUGGAGACUCCUGGGACAUGAUGGAUGCCCGUGUGGUGUGCAGACAGCUGGGCUGUGUGUUAGCACAGGGGGCUCAUGGUAAUGCUACUUUUGGGACGGGGAAUGGUGCCCUCUGGCUGACUGAGGUGAACUGCAGGGGCACUGAGCUGCACCUGCGGGACUGCCCACACUCUGUGCACAGCAGCUGCCGAUCGCAGAACCAGGCUGGGGUCACCUGCACAGGUCUUUCAUCUCGCUCCAGCCCCACUGCAGGUACAGACUCCUUUGGACAGUGUUUGGGAGAUAAAAACAGGGAGGGCGGAGUUCAGAGCCCUGUCCUAGGAGUUAGUUAUCCAGUAAAAGACGGACCUGUUAUCUCGUUACCCUAA